AUGUCGCCAUCUGCUGUUACAGAGCCGGGUUCCAGAGACCCACCGGAUUCCAAAUCCCCAGCCAUCACCAAGGACGGUCAGAAACGAACCAUAUAUCACCUAGAUCGGCACCUGCACAAAGACUUCCCAGUAGUAGUGUCCGGAAAAGGCAACCACCUCUUCACAAAGGAUGGGCGGACCAUAUUCGAUACUACAUCCGGAGCAGCAGUUUCAUGUUUGGGUCAUGGUAACGAGAGAGUCAUAAAUGCCGUUCACAAGCAAAUGACCACUGGGAUACCUUACCUUGCGUCCAGUUACUGGGGCUCUGAGAUAGUUGACGAUUUAUGCAAGGAACUUAUCAAUGGAACUGACGGCAAGAUGGCAAAAGUCUAUUUGACCGGUUCAGGUUCCGAGGCAAUGGAAGCUUCAGCAAAGCUUGCCCGACAGUACUUCUACGAGAAUGACAAGCAAACUCCACGGGUGAAUUUCAUCGCGCGCGAAGGGUCCUAUCAUGGAAAUACGAUCGGUGCCUUGGGUAUUUCUGGGCAUGUUGCACGGAGGGCGCCAUACCUACCGUUUCUGAUGCCGAACGUUCAUCAUAUCCCAGCUUGCAACGCAUACCGCCAGCGGAAAGAAGGCGAGACAGACGAAUCCUUCGUCGCCAGGAAAGCGCUCGAGCUUGAGGAGAAGUUUCUGGAGUUAGGCCCAGAAACAGUCAUUGCAUUCAUUGCAGAACCAGUGGUUGGUGCCGCCCUGGGUUGUGUUCCAUAUGUCCCUGGCUACUUGAGAGUGAUGCGUGAUGUUUGUCAUAAGUAUGGCGCACUUUUGAUCCUUGAUGAAGUGAUGUGCGGCAUGGGACGUACGGGAACCCUCCAUGCCUGGCAAGGCGAGGGUGUCGCCCCAGAUCUUCAGACGAUCGGAAAGGGUUUGGGUGGAGGGUAUCAGCCAAUUGCGGCCGUCUUGAUAUCAGAAAAGGUGGUGAAUCGGCUCUCCGAUGGCAGUGGCCAAUUUGUCCACGGGCAGACAUAUCAGGGUAUGCCCGUACAAGCUGCCGCUGCGCUCGAGGUUCAGACAAUCCUGCGAGAGGAAAAUCUGAUGCAAAAUGUUGCGACUCAGGGUGCAUACCUGGAGAAACGCCUGAAGUCACUAUUGGCGGACCAUCCUCACGUUGGUGACAUCCGUGGGAAGGGCCUUUUCUGGGGCCUUGAAUUUGUCCGAGAUAAGAAGACGAAGGAACCUUUCGAUCCGAAGUUGGGCGUUGCGCAGAGAGUCAGUGAUCUCGCUCUCUCCCCUUUGUAUAACAUGACACUCUAUCCUGGCGGUGGAACCGUUGACGGCGUGUCUGGCGACCACGUAAUCUUGGCCCCUUCAUACAUCGUUACAAAGGAUGAUAUCGAUUACAUUGCCAAGGUGACCUCAGACGUGGUCCAUCAAGUUUUUCAGGAGAUCGGUAGUCUGUAG